GUCUGUGCUUCACCACCCAGGUCUUUUCGCUUCUUUUCUGACAUAUCUUUGUCCUGGUCUCUACCGUUUGCCGGUUUCCCCCCCCAUCUCCGGUUAAUAAUUGUUUCAAUCUUUGCUGGACAAAGACACCAUCCGUUGAUCGGAUACAUCAUGUUAUUGAGAUACCCCCAGAGUUGUAUGUGCUAAUAUUCUGUUUGCAUCGCAAUUUCGGCCAGAGAUCAGGGCAGGACUUACGGCCCCUACUACUUAUUAAUAUACUACCUCUCCCAAAUCUCAGUGGGAUCAAACAAGUGAUCUGGAAUCACCAUGGCAGACUCAUACCGCCAGGUUGCGACGUUGAGUUCGCCUUUGCGGCUGGCCCGCAGACCUUUACUUAAUACUAUAAUUGAAGCGAAUGAACCUUCCCCAGAAGGACAACCCCGGAAAAGCGAGAUUGGAGUCAGAGAAAGUUUACAUUCGAUCAAGAUUGCGAUGGCAUUUUCUCCCGAAACCGCCGAAAAAAUGACGACGCCCGUUUCCUCGCUGUCGACAUCGUCGUCUUGCUCUGACCAUGAAUGGCAGCAAGGCUUGCAAGCAUUCGACGAUUUAUACGACGCGACUGAUGAUGAAUCGUGCCCAUCACUGACCGAGAGCCGCCCCAGUAGCAUGGCGGCCUCGUCAGUAAGGAGCUCGACGUACUCCGCAAACAAUCGCAACAAGUAUCCCAGGAUUACAAUACCAGCAGCAGCCCUAUGGCCUUCGCUUGCAAAUCCUCAUAAGAGCUCUCCAGUCCCCCCGACACCGCCACCCAAAAUCCCAGUGUCACCCGCGGCAUUGUCAAUGCUUCCAAGUAUGGUUCCAGCAUUACACGCGCCGCCGUCUUUAGAUGGUAGUUUGUCUUCUGAUCAAAUCUCGAACUUGAGCGCUCCUGCUACCCCAGAUUUGCGCCCCCUCCGGGAUAGAGAAUGGGAUAGUGGGGUGAUUCGCGUGCAUCAUGACUCUGACGUGCCAAGCAGUGCUGGGGGUUCUAGCACUGGUCUCGCUGCCGAAGAAGAACGUGCGAUUGAGGCAUCGAGUGACGAUUGGAACCCGCUCCUCAAUAGUUUUCCCACGAUUCCUGCGGGCCUUGAGGGGGACGCUUCGGCAUCGGCCCAAGGAGCACUCACUCAGAGCUCUAUAAACUCACCUAGUCCUGACAUGGAUGGUGUUAUGCUUCCUCCAGGUGCCCUUGCCACACUUCAACAUAUUCCACUCGAAUGUCCUCCCGACCCGUGGUCCGAAACCUCGGAGACCAACGACGAGAUGUGGCAGCUUUCUGCCCCGGUACGUCGACCCCGUAGCGCAGAUGACGCCACCCCGAAUUCUGAGCUGUCUGGUUACAGCUUUACGAAUCUUAGCAUUCCAUCUCCGGGUGGCUUCUUCUCGUCUUUGGAUGCCAGGUCUCGCCAUACAUGGGCAUUACCGAGUGCGACUAAUCCCCCGACUUCGGCAGUAGCUGCAAGGUUUUACGACCUCCCGUGGGCUCGAGACGAAGGACAAAUUGUGGAACAAGUCGUGGAACUCCCUGAAGACAGUUUGAGUGACGACCAACCAACCGCUGUUCCUAUUACAGCCAUCAGGAUUACCAGCUCCAACCACGGACGUAGCACAUCCUACGAUAGUAAAAGUCCUGUUCAGGAACUCAACAGACCCGCAGUCACUUACGAAUAUGAUGAAGCUUAUGAUGAAGAGUUGAAACGGCAAGCUGUUGCUAAUCUCGAUCGCACCAGCGUAUGGCUUGCCGCCCAGCAGACAUACCUGUUAGCCCUCAGUGAUUCCAACCCGGUCAAUGAAGUGAACAAGAGCAAAGAAAUCGCAAGUCCUGCUACCGACAAACGCCCUGCUUCAUCCUCCGCCGAGUCACCCCCUAGAAAAUCGGUACGGUUUUCGGACGCUGUACAGGAGACCACUAUUUCGCCAGCUCCGCCGGAGCCUGCUAGCAAGGAUUCAAUCUACUGGCGAGGAUUCCAAUUUGUUUUACGUUUGUACUGCCGUCGCGAUAUUUUCCUUCACAGUAAUAUUCGUUUUGACGCUAUACAAUCUGUUCGUCUCGGGCUAAGAGACAAACAUCUUGACGCCUUGAUCGGGAAGUUUGAAUUAGUUAACCCGGUUAGACCAGGUUACAAAGGCCCAUUCUCCCAGGCGCCACGAAACUCCGUCGCUGCCGAAAUUCUAGCAGAUCAAGCACUAUUUUCAAAGCUUGAGAAGGAGCAAAUGGUCCUUGCCCAGCUCUGGCAAUCCAUGUGGGCGAUUGACGCUAUGCGCUUCCUCAAUGGUGGCCACCUUCUUUCCAGUCCAGCAGGACGGCGACUUCCCAAGGCCACCUUGCCACUAAAAAGCCCUGGAAAUGCUGGUAAACGCAGGUUGAGGGUUCUUGAUUUUGGAGGUCAGGCCACGUGUGGAUGGGCCUGGCAUCUAGCUAAUGACUGCCCGAAUGUCAAGAUCUACACAGUUGUCCGUAAGGACCAAGAAGUCAACAGCCAUAUCAAAGGACCUUCAAACCACCGCAGAGUCUCGGUACCUUGCCUGUGGAGGCUGCCAUUCCGCGACAAUCAAUUCGAUGUCAUUUCUGCUCGAUCGUUGCACGCUCUUCUCAAGGCCGAGCGCCCGAAUGGAGAGGAAUUCGACGAGUUUGACCUGUGUCUUCAGGAAUGCUACCGCUGCUUGAAGCCCGGUGGUUAUCUUGAAUUCUUUGUAAUAGACGCAGAAAUCGCCAAAGCUGGCUCAUAUGGCUCGGCUGCGUCUGUUGAGUUUGCGUUCAACUUGAAAGCACGUGGGUACGAUCCCACCCCGACACGUCAAUUCCUCACUCGUCUGAAGAAGAACAACUUCUCGGAUAUGAAGCGAGCCUGGUUGUUCCUUCCAAUGGGUGUCGAGCCCGCGCAGGUAGAGCCAAUGCGGGAAACCCCUAAUCCGAGAGUGAAGAGUCAAAUCGACUGCGAGGCUGUCCAGGGACCUAUCGGCAGCACCGCUGACGUCGCAAGCAUGACUGGCUUGCUUGGUGGGUGGAUGUGGGAGCAAUGGCUCUUGAGGUUGCAGAUGGAAAUGGGACGAGAGCACAAAGACCUAUUGAAGGGAAUCGGCGCUGUUUUUGACGAAGGCCGCAAGAAAAACUCGGGUUGGACCUGUCUAUGUGGUUGGGCUAUGAAGCCGAAGCGGAGACUCUCGGCGCGAUCAUCGCAGCUGUAAGCUCUUUAAUAUGGUGUCACUCUCUUUGGUGUUCUUUUUUUGUGCUUGGAAAUAUACCCCUCCCCCAUUUUUUUUUUUUUGAUAUUGAGAAUUUCAAACUGACUCCAAUCGUGUCAAUAUGUUCAUUUCCUACGUCAAGUCACAUAGUCAUCCGGAUUCUGUUAUAUUACUGUGAUACUUCUUUGGAAAGGGGGUUUGGAGGAUGUAAUAUAAAAGAAUAACACAACGUAAAUAGCCUAAAAAAAUCGAAAAUUAUGCUUCAUGCGAACA